CGUUGACUGACUGAAGAUCUCGAGAAGAUGUCUGGCCGAGGAACGUGGUCUUCAGCGAUUUUGUCAAAUCUUCAGUGCUUCAGCUGAAAAUGGCUUCUGGAAAGGUUGGGAGAUAGACUCCUCCGCUCCACAAGAUGUGCGCUUUGUGUUUGUAAAGUUCUGGACUGGGCGCGUUGCAGAUGCAGAUAUAGAACAAUAUCUGCUCCGCUUUUGUGAGAUUUUGCAGCCAGUACAUAAACCAGUAGAUCAAUUCGGCAUCUGGUAUGGGGUUCGCCGUUAUAAGGUUAAGCUCAGGAAAGCCACCGAUGGGAACCUGAUGCAGAUUCCAAACUCUAUCAGUAUGGGUCCUUAUAACGGCAGGAUUACCUACCAGGGACAAGUACAGCGCUGCUAUGUGUGUGGCUCUUUGGAACAUCAGGUGAAGGAAUGUCAAGCUGUCAAGUGCUGGAAGUGCGGGGAGUUGGGACACAAAGGAAAGGAGUGCAUGAAUACAGAAUUGUGCAGCUUGUGCAACCAGAAAGGCCACUCCUACUUCAAGUGCCCGGAGUCCUACAGCAAUAAAGCACGAAAUGUAAAGUACCCAAACAGCGUACAGCAGCCCAACGUAGAGCCCACUGACAUCCAAACCGAGAGCGGUGCAGCAGAAGUCGUCUCAGCACAAAACCUUGGAAAACAGCAAAGUAUGAUCAUUAGAUAUGCUGAGGAUCAAGCCCACCUGAACAAUGAGCAGGAGGAGGAGGAGACCACUUCCACAUCUAGCAGUGAUACCACCGCCAGCAGCAGCAGCAGCAGCAGCACUGGCUCCAGCCCAGAGUCUGAUAUCACGGAAGAAGAUUUCUUAGCCCUGCCUGAUCCUCGGUCUGAGAGAACAGGUGGAACGGAAGCAGCUACGGCAAUACAACCGGCAUCUGCAGUGACCCAGGUCACCUCCACUCCACCGCGGACGGUUGCAGGUGAAGGUAUUCAAACUACCCACAAUAACAUUGAUCCAGUAGACAAUCCCCCAAUACAACAGCCUGCUAAAAUGAAAAGGAAGAAAAAGGCCUUGUCCUCGGGAACAAGCGCGAUAAAAAAGAUGAGAGAAUGAGCACAGAUAUGAAAAUGACAGAAAUGGAAAAAGAGAGAGAUGACUUUAAAUCUGUAUGACCUCUGUCCUCCUUAACAUCGCUACCUGUAAUGUCAGAGGAAUACAAUCGAAGAUUAAUAGAGAAAGUAAAUUGAAUAUAUUAAGUCAUGAAAAAUUAGAGGUGUUGUGUAUACAAGAAACAAGGUUAUCAACACACAGAGACAUAGAGGAUGUUAAGAAUAGAUGGAAUAGAGGGGACUCUUUUUUCUCUAUUGGAGACUGUAAGGCUGAUGGUUUAGGUGUUUUAUUUUAUAACAAACUGUUUAAAGUUACAAAUUAUAGGGAAUUAAUCCCAGGAAGAUUGAUUUAUGUGGACUGUUUUUAUAAAAAUAAAAAAAUUAGAAUUAUUAAUAUAUAUACAGCUCAAGAUAGAGUGAGGAAAAUGCAGCUUUUUAAAGAACUUAAAGUGCUGUUAUGUGUAGGUUUUUGUGUUAUUGUAUGUGGAGAUUUUAAUACAGUUACAGACCAGAACGAUAGACUUACUAAUAAACCGUGUGAAAUACGCCGGGAAGGCGUCUUUCUAAAAUCCAUGAUGCACGAACAAAAUUUUAAUGAUACUUUUCGAAUUCUUUACCCUAAUAAAAUAGAUUUUACAAGGUUUAGUUCUACAUGUAACAGUCGUAUCGACAGAAUUUACAUAAACACUGAAAUUGAAGUGUGCUCAUAUGAAACUAAAAUGCUACUAAAUUCUGAUCAUUUGACUGUAAUAUGUAAACUUAAUCUGAAGG